CAUGGAAGUGCAAUUAUUUUAGUAAAUAUAAACUGCUAAAUACCUUUUUUCAUCAGCAGUUAGAGCAAUCUUGUGACGUCUAUCAGUGUCAAGCUGAGCACUGGUUAAAGAUGCAGAACACCUGACCUCUGUCUGGACAGAUCUGAUUGGCCCUGUGCUGAUCACAUGCACCCUCCCAAGAACAAAAAUAAUCUCUCUACCAAUAUACACUACCUGAGCAUGUGCAGAUUGACUCCACAUGAUAUGUCUUAUCAGGAGAUAAGAGGGGGGCACUGGAAGAAGGGGAGGAUC